GUGUUGGACCUUGCUGUCAGGGGACUUGGGUUGCAGGCGUGUGUCUGAGGGGGACCCCGCAUCUCCGGAGAGAGGCGGAGCGGCGAGGCGAGCGGGGAUUUCUGUCAGCGCCGGCGGCUCCGGAGAGCGCGGAGACAUGAACGGCUUCACGCCGGAGGAGAUGAGCCGCGGCGGGGACGCGGCAGCCGCUGUGGCCGCUGUGGUCGCUGCAGCCGCAGCCGCCGCCGCCGCCGCCGCCGCCGCCGCGUCAGCCGGGAGCGGAGCCGGAGCCGGGGCCGGGGCGGGGGCCGGGGCGGGCGGCGGGGCAGAGGUGCCGAGCGGCGGGGCGGUGUCCCUGGCGGGGCCUCCGGGAGCGGCCGGGCCGGGGCCGGGGCAGCUGUGCUGUCUGCGGGAGGACGGCGAGCGCUGCGGCCGGGCGGCGGGCAAUGCGAGCUUCAGCAAGAGGAUCCAGAAGAGCAUCUCGCAGAAGAAGGUGAAGAUCGAGCUGGACAAGAGCGCAAGGCAUCUUUACAUCUGUGAUUAUCAUAAAAACUUAAUUCAGAGUGUUCGGAACAGAAGAAAAAGAAAAGGGAGUGAUGAUGAUGGAGGAGAUUCACCUGUUCAAGAUAUUGAUACUCCAGAGGUUGAUUUGUAUCAAUUACAAGUAAAUACACUUAGGAGAUAUAAAAGACACUUCAAACUUCCAACCAGACCAGGACUAAAUAAAGCUCAACUUGUUGAGAUAGUUGGUUGCCACUUUAGGUCUAUUCCAGUGAAUGAAAAAGACACCUUAACAUAUUUCAUCUACUCAGUGAAGAAUGACAAGAACAAGUCAGAUCUCAAGGUUGAUAGUGGUGUUCACUAGGAGAGAUGCAAUUGAGACUAAGACUUGGAUGUUAAGACUGUUUGUUUUUCAUAUGUAGAAAUGUUUCUUGUGUAUUUUUUCCACAGAGGAUUUUCUUCAGUUUUUUUUUCUUUGUUUCUGACUCAAAUAAUUAGUGGGAAAGUCAUGUAAAGUGAGCUUUCCUAGAUUUAAAGUAUUUUAAAUAAAGGUUAUUGCUAUUA